UGAAAGCCAGUCCGUUUGGCAGCCAAUUUGACAUGUGUUACAGUUAAAUCAUUUUGGUGUCCCAGAAUAAUGAAGAAUAAGAAAAUCCUCGCUCUGGUGUGGACUUGUGUAGCAGGGGCACCGCUGUCAGAGGCCUGCUGCAGGGAGGCAUUGUGGGCCGAGCAGAUGUCAUCCUGACUCUGUGACCCUCACCCCGUGAUGCUGGAGAAGAGCUUCCAAAUCUAUUCUGAACUUUGCCUCAUGCUGGUGAUGAUGGAGGAUGAAGCUGUCCUGGACAGAGGGGCUUCCUUCCUCAAGCAUGUGUGUGAUGAAGAAGAAGUAGAAGGUCACCACACCAUCUAUAUUGGGGUUCAUGUGCCCAAAAGUUACAGGAGAAGGAGACGCCACAAGAGGAAGACGGGGCACAAGGAGAAGAAGGAGAAGGAGAGAGUGUCUGAGAACUACUCCGACAGGUCCGACGUCGAGAACGCCGACGAGUCUGGCAGCAGCAUCCUAAAGCCCCUGAUCUCUCCUGCCGCAGAGCGCAUCCGAUUCAUCUUGGGGGAGGAGGACGACAGCCCCGCACCCCCACAGCUCUUCACGGAGCUGGAUGAGCUGCUGGCCGUGGACGGGCAGGAGAUGGAGUGGAAGGAGACAGCCAGGUGGAUAAAAUUUGAAGAGAAAGUGGAACAGGGUGGGGAAAGAUGGAGCAAGCCCCAUGUGGCCACGUUGUCCCUUCACAGCUUGUUUGAGCUGAGGACGUGCAUGGAGAAAGGGUCCAUCCUGCUGGACCGAGAGGCCUCCUCCCUCCCCCAGCUGGUGGAGAUGAUCGUUGACCAUCAAAUUGAGACAGGCCUGUUGAAACCUGACCUUAAGGAUAAGGUGACCUACACUUUGCUCCGGAAACACCGGCAUCAAACCAAGAAAUCCAACCUCCGGUCCCUGGCUGACAUUGGGAAGACGGUCUCCAGUGCGAGCAGGAUGUUCACCAGCCCCGAUAAUGGUAGCCCAGCCAUGACCCACAGGAAUCUGACUUCCUCCAGUCUGAAUGACAUUUCUGAUAAACCAGAGAAGGACCAGCUGAAGAAUAAAUUCAUGAAAAAGCUGCCCCGUGACGCAGAAGCUUCCAACGUGCUUGUGGGGGAGGUGGACUUUCUGGAUACCCCGUUCAUCGCCUUCGUCCGGCUCCAGCAGGCUGUCAUGCUGGGCGCCCUGACUGAGGUCCCUGUCCCCACCAGGUUCUUGUUCAUCCUCUUAGGCCCGAAGGGGAAAGCCAAGUCCUACCAUGAGAUUGGCAGAGCCAUUGCUACCUUGAUGUCCGAUGAGGUGUUCCAUGACAUUGCCUAUAAAGCAAAGGACAGGCAUGACCUGAUUGCUGGCAUCGAUGAGUUCCUAGACGAAGUCAUUGUCCUUCCUCCUGGAGAAUGGGACCCAGCGAUCAGGAUAGAGCCUCCUAAGAGCCUUCCAUCAUCCGACAAAAGAAAGAACAUGUACUCAGGGGGCGAGAACAUCCAGAUGAACGGGGACACGCCCCAUGACGGAGGACACGGAGGUGGCGGACACGGGGACUGUGAGGAGCUCCAGCGCACGGGACGGUUCUGUGGUGGACUCAUCAAGGACAUAAAGAGGAAAGCACCGUUCUUUGCCAGUGAUUUUUAUGAUGCUUUAAAUAUUCAGGCUCUCUCGGCAAUUCUCUUCAUUUACCUGGCGACGGUCACGAAUGCCAUCACGUUUGGAGGACUGCUCGGGGAUGCCACAGAGAACAUGCAGGGUGUGUUGGAGAGUUUUCUGGGCACCGCUGUCUCAGGAGCCAUCUUUUGCCUUUUUGCUGGUCAACCACUCACUAUUUUGAGCAGCACUGGACCUGUCCUGGUUUUUGAGAGGCUUCUGUUUAAUUUCAGCAAAGACAAUAGUUUUGACUACUUGGAGUUUCGCCUUUGGAUCGGCCUGUGGUCGGCCUUCCUGUGUCUUGUGCUGGUGGCCACCGACGCCAGCUUCUUGGUUCAGUACUUCACUCGCUUCACGGAGGAGGGCUUCUCAUCCCUCAUCAGCUUCAUCUUCAUUUACGACGCUUUCAAGAAGAUGAUCAAGCUGGCCGAUUACUACCCCAUCAACUCCGACUUCAGAGUGGGCUACAACACCCGCUUUGUCUGUGCCUGUGUGCCACCUGACCCAGGUAACAUCUCCAUGUCUAAUGUCACCACCCUGGCCCCCGAGGAUUUGCCACCUGUGUCUCCUGACAUGCACCGUAAUGCUUCCCUGGACUGGGCGCUGCUGUCCAAGAAGGAGUGUGUGAAGUACGGAGGGGAGCUCGUGGGGAACAGCUGCAGCUUCGUCCCCGACGUCACGCUCAUGUCUUUCAUCCUCUUCUUGGGGACGUACACCUCCUCCAUGGCUCUGAAAAAGUUCAAAACCAGUCGCUAUUUCCCAACAACAGCAAGAAAAUUGAUCAGCGAUUUUGCCAUUAUCUUGUCUAUCCUCAUCUUCUGUGUGAUAGAUGCCCUGGUAGGUGUGGACACUCCAAAACUCCUCGUGCCCAGUGAGUUCAAGCCAACAAGUCCAAACCGAGGUUGGUUCGUGCCGCCGUUUGGGGGCAACCCCUGGUGGGUGUACCUGGCUGCCGCCAUCCCAGCCUUACUGGUCACCAUUCUGAUUUUCAUGGACCAGCAGAUCACAGCUGUGAUUGUCAACAGGAAAGAACACAAACUCAAGAAAGGAGCCGGGUAUCACCUGGACCUCUUCUGGGUGGCCGUCCUCAUGGUCGUGUGCUCCUUCAUGGGUCUCCCGUGGUAUGUGGCCGCCACCGUCAUCUCCAUCGCUCACAUCGACAGUUUGAAGAUGGAGACGGAGACUUCAGCACCUGGAGAGCAGCCCAAGUUUCUGGGAGUGAGGGAACAAAGAGUCACUGGAACCCUUGUGUUUAUUCUGACUGGUCUGUCAGUCUUUAUGGCUCCCAUCCUGAAGUUUAUUCCCAUGCCUGUCCUGUACGGCGUGUUCCUGUACAUGGGGGUGGCGUCCCUGAAAGGUGUACAGUUCAUGGAUCGUCUGAAGCUGCUCCUGAUGCCGCUGAAGCAUCAGCCCGACUUUAUCUACCUGCGGCACGUCCCCCUGCGCAGAGUGCACCUGUUCACUUUCCUGCAGGUGCUGUGUCUGGCCCUCCUCUGGAUCCUCAAGUCCACUGUGGCUGCCAUCAUUUUUCCCGUCAUGAUCCUGGCGCUCGUAGCUGUCAGAAAAGGCAUGGACUACGUCUUCUCCCAGCACGACCUCAGCUUCCUGGACGACGUCAUCCCAGAAAAGGACAAGAAGAAGAAGGAGGACGAGAAGAAGAAGAAGAAGAAGAAGGGAAGUGUGGACAGCGACAACGAUGAUUCUGACUGCCCAUACUCAGAAAAAGUUCCAAGUAUUAAAAUUCCAAUGGACAUCCUGGAACAGCAGCCCUUCCUAAGCGAUAGCAAACCUUCUGACAGAGAAAGAUCACCAACAUUCCUUGAACGCCACACCUCUUGCUGAUAAAAUUCCUUUCCUUCAGUCUCUCGGUUUGCCAAGUCCUCCUAGAACUCCAGUAAAAGUUGUGCCUCACACGAGAAUAGAACUUGAGCCUGAAGACAGUGAUUAUUUCUGAGGAGCAGGGAACAGAAACUACAGUGUAACGCGUUUGUCUUUCUUCAAAUUGGGUUUUGUGGUUAAUGUUCUUGGGGGUUUUAUCUGCCUGUUUAUUUUUUAACUUUUGUCUUGUCUCAGUUCUUGGUCACUGGCCAAAUAAUAUAGCGCUCUCUCUGCUUCUCUCUGGCAUAGGUAAAAUCAGGGCAGUAGUGCACACUGUUUCUUAAAACACCACCUGAGGAAUCUCCUUUUUGUUCUUAAACUUGCACACGUGUCCUCUGACAAACCAAAUUCCUGAGUCACUCAAGACAGGCACAGACCCUACCCUUUUCCUCUGUCAAGCAGAGGACAGAAGUAUUAAGGAUUUUACAAACACCUGUUAUUUGUAGCUUUGGAGCUGUGCUGACUGGCUUGUCUUUGUCUGGUAGAACAAGCCUUGACCUCCAGGCAGAGCCCCUUACCGCAGAGGACUGGAAAGCACUGCUGUUCUAACCUGCUUCUGCUUGCAAACCCUACCUUAUGUUAUCAACAGAAGAGAAACGAAAGGUACUUUAUCCUUGUAGAGAAACCCUCCCCAUCGCCAUGGCUGCAGCCAGCGCUGGAGGGUCCCUUUUUCCUAUGCAACUUUUUUUAACCCUUUAAUGAACUUAUCUGUUGAGUACAUUGAAGAAAAUUUUUCUUCCUAGAUUUUGUUGUUUAAAUUAUGGGGCCUAACCUGCAACUUAUUUUUUUGUCAAUUUUUAAAACUUUUUUUUAAUUACUGUAAAGAAAAUGAAUUUUUUCCUGCAGCAGGAAACAUAGUUUUGAGUAGUUCUACCUCUUAUUUGUAGCUGCCAGGCUUUCUGUAAAAAUUGUAUUGUAUAUUACGUGAUUUUUACACACAGAGACACAAACAAAAAUACACAAUCUCUGGGGUAAGCCAGAAGGCAAGAUCAGAUUCAAAACACCAUGUUUCAAAGCAUCCAUUUUUCCCUUUCUUUAAAAAACUUUUAACUGUUCUAUGAAGGAGAUGGGGGGAGAAGAGAUGAGCUCCCACGCAGGGGGAUGACGGAUGUCCUGAUGACAGUGACAUCUGUGCAGUGUUGACUGCCACCACGUCGCUGUCCUGUGCAGUAUUGUUAGACGAGGUUUCACUUUGAGGUGUUUGUGUGUGUGUGUGUGUGAGUGUGUGUGUGUGUGGCUGGUGCACACGUGCAAUGUUAGGAAGAGGGAAGUGACAGCAGGCAAAGGACAAAGUCCCCAAGUCUGUUGUGCCAGUUUUCAUAAAACGCAAACCACCUAUGGACAAUCAGCAGAGGGCCAAGCAAUUUACCGUUAUGCAAAUGAGAGUGAAUCUGUCUUAUUACACAGAUUAUCAGUCACCAUUACUGACACAAUAGCUCACAUUGUAGGAAUAGGAAUGGCCGAUCCACCUAUCCAUAAAGUGUCACAUCUGGAAUGUGGAUACUCUGGGAGGUGGAUGUGUUCACACUCUUAACAGUACUAAUAGUACUCCCAUACUUUUCUUUUUAGGAUGCAAAGGCAGUUCUUCAAAACUGGGACAUUUAGAAUAUAUUUGUGUACAUAUACGUGUGUGUGUGUUUAAAGCACCAUGUUGAAAAUUAGACCUUUAUUAACCAAAUUUAACAUGGUAUUUAAAUGGACUGAUGUACAGUGUACGUUGGUGAUGUAUGUUAAAAAUAACUUUUUAAACAUUGAAUCUGUAAUCUUGAAUUCAUACAACCACCUUGGUAAUACAUCCCAACUAUCUCUGAUUGGAGGAGGAGCACCACAGUCAGAAGGAAACUAUUUGUUUCACUUUUAUGAUAGAGACUUACUGAUUUUUAUAUUAAUUAAAUUAUAAAUCUGUCCUCUUGACAUUUUGAUUAUAAAACUUUUAUUAUCAGAGUUAGCUCUUAGUUUUAUAGUAUCUGAUAACCAUAAAAAUUUUAAUUUUACACAAAUUAGAUAUAAAUAACCCUAAGUUUUUCAUUAAAAUGGCAGUGGGAAAUUACAUCUUAUUGUGUUAAAAAUCUCACCUACUAAAUUUUGGCAUCACAUUUUCUAUUUAGAGCUAUCCUUAAGAUGAUUAUUCUGUAUUAUCUAGUUUUCUGAUACUCCGAUACAGAACUGUAUAAGAACAUCCCCCCUUUUUUACUGAUAGAAACAUUAAUAAAAUGUUUUAAAACCAUGCAUAAUAAAUGCAGCCUAACCUCUAAUCUUGUUAAAUUAAAGACAUUUGUUGUUUUCUGAUCACACAUCAAGUAUGUGCAGUUUUGCCCCUCUCCAGACCUUUCAGAGAACCCCUGAAGUGACGCACCCACUUUCAGAUCCACAGUCUGUGACAGAAGGCUGCUGGUCAUGCUAAGAACAUACAGUGGCACCUGACAUUUGCUAACUGAACAGGUAAUGUCAGACCCUCUCAGUGUUUGCUGCAACCCAGGAAGUUUUUUUAUAAGAAUCGUUCCUUUCAAAGGAGCAGACGUAGUUACCAAACUAACAAGCAAAACCUGGGUCCCCACAAAGCUGCCAGUCACGUGGAUUUUAACUGAUUUACUCACUGACAAAGAACUGGCCAGAUUUGGGGGUGGUUUUGUUUCUAUGUAAACUGGACACAAAUUACAACAGUAAAUUUUUUAUGAAGUAUUUCUCCCUUAAACUCUGAUAAGAAUUCGGAGAUAAAGAUUUGAGUUGCUGGAAGUAAAGGCUGAGUGUGCACAGAGCUGCCAGCCAGAGUCCGGCCCGGGAUUGUGGAAGCUCAUGGUUGGAGGAACGAGAUGGCGGGGGUGGGGGCUCUGCCCUGUCAGGGGGCCAUAAACGCCUGUUUGGGAGAACAUCCCUUGGAAACAGUGUUCUCCUGUGAAAGGAGGCUCGCACCCUGUUUCCUGGGCCACAGCGAACAGUGUUUCUUCCGCUCCUUCCAGUCAGGGUUGGGGAGGGAAGUGGGGGCCCUACUGGCUUCAGAGGGAGGAAAAUAAAACCGUCCUCCCCGGCCACCCUGCAGGAAGGAGGAAGUGACUGUGGGCUGUGGCCACUCAGUGUGAUGCUCAAUGCAGGUGCACCGGCCACACACCGUCUUUUAUCAGCUCUGUGUUGAUGCUUGAGAGAGAAUGAUUGUCUUCCAAGUUUUUUGGUUCCUUUUUUUAAAACUGUGUUAAAGUACUUGAAAUGUAUUGACUGCUGACUAUCUUUUAAAAAUGAAACAAAAUCGUUUGAAUUGUAUUACAGAGGUCGGCAUUGUUCAGGGUGGGACAAAGCUUUCUUCAAACCUUUUCAUACCACUUAAUGAUUUUGGUGCAGGAACCUGAGAGCCUCUCAUUCAUUUCCCACGGCAGUUACCAUCUGCUCUCCGCAGCGUGAGUAUGCAGCCCGGGGCACCGCUGAGUACAAUCCCGUGACCCCUUUAUAGCUUUUCACAUUCUGAAGGGCCUUGGGAAUUUUCAGAUGAUGAUUACAUUGAGCUUCAUUGCAGCCUGAAAUUAAAAACUUACAAAAGGUUUUGUAACAUAUGUGAAUAGUCAAGUUGCAUUUGACCAGGAAUUGCUUGGCUCAUUUCACUGUGUUCCAUGGCACUUAUACAAGAAUCGAGAGUGUUGUUUCCUAGACAGAUACUGCAACUCAGGGCUAAAGUCAUCCGGUGAAACUUAGAGCCAGAAGGAGCUUUGUCCCAGUCCUACAAUGUGAAGGGUGAAUCGCUGCCUCUUUCUAGCCGUUUCCAUGGCUGGUACGUAUUCGUACACAUUACUUUUCAGAAUCAAUACGCACUUUCAGAUAUUCUUAUUUUUAUUCUCUUAAGUCUUUAUUAACUUUGGAGAACUGAUGCAUCUUUUUAUUUUAAAUGAAGUAGAUCAACAUGGUGGAACAAAAUGAUAAAGAACAGAAAACAUUUCAAUAUAUUACUAAUAAUUUUUCCAAUAUAAAACCUAAAAUUCCUAUAACAUUAUAGUAUUUUACAGUUUUAUGAAGCUUUCUAUUGUGACUUUUAUGGAAUUAAGAGAUGAAGAAGAUGAGAUAUUUUAGCAUUUAUAUUUUUCAAAAUUAUAUGUAUACUUAAAAUAAAGUAACUUUAUGCAUUUA